CCCCGCUGCGUUGUCAUGACGCACGGCGGCUCCGCCCACGACCGGCUCGACGACUUCAAGUGGCUGGACGGAUCCUGCGCCCUGCCUGUCGAUGGCUUCCUCUGCCGCUACAACUACAAGGGCAUGUGCGCCGCCAUCUUAGACGAGGGCGGCGGGCCCGCGCUCUACGCCACGCCCUUCAACCUGGCCAGCACCCUGCUGAGCCACGUGCCCUUCGGCUCCGUGGCGACCGUGCCCUGCCCGGACGGGACCAAGGGCGACCAAUCGGUGCUGUGCAUGCUGAGGGAGGACGGGUCCAUCGGCUGGUCCAAGGACGCUCCGCUGUGUUCGGACGAGCCCCAGAACUGGUGCCACCGGGACAACGGCGGCUGUGAGCACUUCUGCCUGGACUCGGACGGCCGGUACUACUGCGAAUGCUCCGAAGGCUUCGUCCUGGGCCCGGACGGGCAGAGCUGCCGGCUGGCGGAAGCCUGCCGGGAGGCGCCCUGCGAGUUCGAGUGCCAGCCGGUCGCCGAGGGCUACCGCUGCGCCUGCCCCCAGGGCUACCUCCUGGCGCCGGACGGGCAGCACUGCCAGGACGUGGACGAGUGCCUGCAGCAGCCCUGCCCGUACGAGUGCGUCAACGCGCCCGGAACCUUCCAGUGCCUCUGCGGCGAGGGCUACGAGGCGGCCGACGGGGAGGAGGGGGAGUGCGACGACGAGGACGAGUGCCUGCACGAGCCCUGCGAGCACGCCUGCGAGAACACACCCGGCUCCUACGCCUGCCACUGCCACAUCGGCUACUCCCCCGCCCUCGACGACCCCACCGCCUGCCAGGACACCGACGAGUGCCAGAUCCCCGGUACCUGCCAGCAGAUGUGCGUCAACUACGUGGGCGGCUUCGAGUGCCACUGUGAGGAGGGCUACGAGCUGCAGGCCGACCACUUCUCCUGCAGCCUUGUGCUGGGCGAGCGGGAUACUCCGACCGUGGAGCCCCCCUACCCCGGGGUCACCUUUUUUGCCUCCUGGGGGGAGCCUGGGCUCCAGUUCCCCUGGGAGGUGCCUGAGUGGAUGAUGAGCGAGCCCCCCAAUCUGGAUUGGCUCCCCACUGACCUGGAUUGGUUGCCGGAAGAGCCCGCCCCCAGUCCACAGCCUGAUUGGAUCCCCGAAGGUCCUGUCCACGACUGGGCGGAUCCUGAUUGGAUGGAGCGUGCAAAGCCUGCCUUCACAUCUGCCCCGAGAACUACUCCUGCACCUGAGUGGAUUGUGGAUGAAAGCACUCCCACCCCUGCACCUGAUUGGAUGGAGGAGAAUACCACUCCUAGCCCUACACCUGAUUGGUCGGAGGAAGAAACCACUCCCACCCCUGCACCUAACUUUGUGGAGGCAGACGCCACUCCCACAUCUGCAUAUGAUUUGCAAGAGCAAGAAACCACUCCUACACCAGGCAGGCUAGAAGCCAAAACCACACCCACCAUUACACCUCAUCAUUUUGAAUUUGAAAAGAAAAAGAGCCAGUUGUCACCCAGCGUUUCUCCUGGGGGAGGGGGUGUGUGGCAGCAGCUGUGGCCCAGCUCAAGUCCAGCAGCCCCCCAGGAGAGCGUAGGCCUGGGGGGCACGGUGCCUCAGGGCCUGGGUCCAGACAGGGCCUCGGAGUAUGAGUUUGGGGAGAAGGGAAGCAAGUCCCUGCUGGACUCCAUUGUAGGGGUGGAGGAGGACUCGGACCCUGAGAGCGGGGGGACGGGGCAGGGGGCUCGCCUGCCGGCCCAGGGCUGGUACACUGCCGCCCCACCGUCCCUCUCCCCGCUCUCCCCCCUCACCCCCGGCGAGCCGGAACAGGACAGCCGGCAGCGGCAGGACAGGAGCUGGCUGGUGGUGGCGCUGCUGGUGCCCCUCUGCAUUUUCGUGGUGGUGAUGGUGGCGCUGGGCAUCGUGUACUGCACCCGCUGCGCUGUCCAGCCCCGAGACAAGAGCGUCACCGCCUGCUACCGCUGGAUUACCAACUCCAAACCCAGCCCCAGUGCGCCCUCCACCUCCGCCGCCCCGGCCACCAAAAACCGCGUCUAGUCUCCAGGGGCCGCCGCAUGUACAUAAAGGAACUAGUGGAGAGAGAGAGACAGAGAAGAAAGCGCAGGACUUUACUGCCUCUCUGUCUGGCAGCGGGACGUGAGGCUUUCUGUGGACCUUGACUGAGGACAAACAGACCUCCGCAAGCCACUGAUCUUCUGUUGUUGUUGUUACCGUUGUUGCUCACAGCCCUUGUGUGACAAUUUUCACAUUACUCAUAAGAUUAUUCUUUUUAAGGCCAUGAAAGCAUGCUUGGAGAAGUUUAUAACUUUUUUUUCAGGGGGUGGACUGUUCUGUACAAAGCAGAGGCCACGCCAUACUUUACUUCACUGUACUGAGCUUUGGUGCUCUUUUCCCUUUAAAGGCAGCAGUAUUUUAGAAAAAUAAUGACUCGUCAUUUCUUAUCAAAUCAUGCUGCUGCAGGUGACAGUAAUGCUGAGGUCACAUAUAUCCUAUCAAUCCCAUGCUGUUAUCUAUUAUAUACAGGGCCUGUCAUUGUCUGACGGAAGAACAAUCCACCGCUUUUAGAGUUUGUCUGAAUCACUUGCCUCUCAUGGCAUGCAGAGUGGAAAUGUACAGUGAAUAGGGUGCCUUAGCCCUUUCAAGAGAAGGUUUUUUGGAAUGUGUUUUUAGGAUUCUAGAGUAAGUCAGUGUUCUAGAAGUCAAUUGCUUCCAAUUACCAGGACUGAUUGUUACAUCAGCAAUAGAAUGUUCUGUAACGAACAUUCUGAUCACAUAAUAUUUCUGAUCUUACACCUUAAAGGGUGAAAACCUCUGGGGCAGCAAAAUGCAAACAGAACUGCCAAACAGCAACUCUGGGGCUUUCAGUGGUCCACUGUUUGUGAGAUGAUUAUGUAUGUGCACGGUGUGUGUGCCUUAAUGUGUGUGCGUGUCUGUGUGUGUGUGUAGAAAUGUGAGAAUUGUGUCCAUUGAUGCAUAAGCAAUGUCAGUGUGAUGGAUUUGGCCUGGUCUGUGCAAUAGGUAAUUGGAAUCAUAAUCUGCUCAUAAAAGCUGACUCCGGAGAGAAUGCAUGACACUCUCUGGAGUCAGGGGCGGGCAGGGGCGAGGGGGGCUUUGAUAAUUUUGAUAGUCCAAAGUUUGUCUGUUCAGCACGGAAAUUGGAAAUUGGAACCCCCCUGAACUGAAUUCCUGGCUAUGCCACUGUUCCUGGCUGCAGGUUUGCCUGUGAACAGCACCCAUCCCUAAGCGUGCUGACUGUUGGAAGCUCAGUUAUUACUGAAGGAGUGUUUUAUUCACCCACUGACUUUUUCACUGUCUGGCAUGGGAGGUACAGCUGUCACCAGGUGUGUUAUAAGGCCUGGAACACAGCCAUUCCGAUAAGCCUUCAUCCAGAUCAUACUGACCAGUUACUUUUGCACUUUGAAGUUGCAUUGCCCCCUCUGACCUCUGAUGGUGAUGAUGAUGACGAUGGUGAUGACGAUGAUGAUGAUGGUGGUGUUAGUGGUGGAGGUGGGGUUGGUGAUGAUGAUGAUGAUGAUGAUAAUAAUAACGAGCAGGAUUUAUUUGUACAGUGCUGUUGGUUGCUGAAAGCACUUGGAAAUGCGAAAUGAAAAGUAGUUUUGUAAAUACCAAUAAAAAGGAAUCAAGGAGGCAGAAAGACGAAUGACAUGUCUAUGCCAAGAGCUGUUUAUUUCCUGCACUUGGGCUGAUAUGACAGCUGGUCUGAAGCAAUAGUGGCCUCUAAUAUUGUCACUAUUUAACCUACUGCUCCGCUAAAUGGCCCAUUGAAAUACAUACACACACACACACACAAACACACACACACACACACACACACCACAGGCACGCACACACACACAUUUAUUUUGUGUGUGGGGGUAUGUGUGCCUGUGCAAAAUAUAAGGAAAUAUGACACAUUUUUGGAACAUAUGAGGAUUUUGUUUUUUUACCAUUGAAUGAGUGGGUGACUGGCAUUUAUCAAAGUGGUUUCUAAGGGACAAAAACUUUUUUCAGCUGAAUAAAAGCUUGGUGAUUUUGACAGCAUUCUGCUCAUUUCACACAUGUUGUAAAGAUGAUCGCUAAGCGUGCCACACAAUGCAAAUGUUUUUCAUUUCAG